AUGAAGUUUCCGAACCAUCAUGAGCAUCCGCCGACAUCCUCAACCCAGAGGGCCCGGCAGCAGCACCCGCCUUUUUUCAAAACCGUUGAAGUGCCCAGGAUUCUGGUGGAUUUGGACAACAUGGAGGCGGCAGCCACGGCUUUUGUUCUACUCGGCCUCGUGCGCAAGAAGGUCAUGGCAAGUGGUGGGGCCGUCCCCCAUGUUCUGAUGAAGGAGAAGAAGGUGCCCCCGAGUGUAAAGGCGGUGCUUCUGAUCUGCAGCGACGGCUGCUUCCACUCUGCGCAGGUGGCAGCCUGGCUGCUGCAAGUGCUCACAGUCAAGAACUGUGCCCUCCUUCCGAUCAUUGCAGAAGAUGGCUUCCGCUUCCCUUCCGAAUCCUUCUAUGACCAGCUCCUGAACGUGCCUGACCUGCAGGUCUUCGAUCUCGCCACCUACACAGGCAUUAUCAGAGCAGUCUUUCAAGAGAUUGCGGUGGUGUUCUCUCCGCAGAACUACUCGUCCACUGCCGAGGACCUGGAGCUGCGCGCCACGCAAGUCGCCUGGCGCCUCACCAAUGGCUUGCAACCCCUUGCCCGGAAGCUGAACACGGAUGCGGAGGCAGAGGCGACUAAAGUGGUCGAGGAGAAUGGAGGGGACACCGAAGGAGCAAAGAUGGAGGAUACCAUGUUCGAACCCAAAGAGCCAAUUCAAGAAUUGGACAUGUGA